AUGGGUAUUUUGCCAUUAGUGCCACAUGACGAUGUUGAACUUGCGCAGCAUACAUAUUUAGAAAUAAUUGAAUAUGAAGAAAAUGAAAUAAUCGAUCUAACUGAAAGUGCAAAUUUAACAGUUUCACAAGAAAUAGAUUCUUACCGAGAAAUUAAUAAUGCUCAUAUUCCUACGGAAGAAGUACUUAACGAUACCCAAAUUGUUGAAACUAUAUUAGCGGAACAAUUAGAACGUGAACAAGGUGACCCAGAAGAUUCUGAUGAGGAACCGCCAAAAAUUUCUGCUUCUGAAGGGUUAAAUGGUUUAAAAACUUUUAUUUCAUUUGCAGAACAAAUGAAUAAUGAUUUUUUCUUUAAUAAUAAUGACAUAAAAAUAUUUCGAAAAUACUCACAAUUAAUGAAGCGAAAAACUACUGAAUCAAUGAAACAAAAAUCUAUCGUAUAUUUUUUUAAUCAGGAAAAUCAAGCUAUUAACGAUGAAUCUCUUGACGAUAAUUUCUCUGGCAGUGGUAAUGAUAAUUUCUCGGACCAUGGUAAUGAUAAUGAGUUCGAUGAUAUUUAUUCUAGUGACAGCUUUUCUAAUUAUCCUGAUUAUGGUUUUUCUGAUAACUACGGUGGUUCUUCUGAUGAUUAUGAGAAUUAA